AUGGCACCCCGUCUUGAUUUCUAUUUGGUUUUUUCUAAAAACCCACCUUCCGUGGAUGUUUUGAGGGAGGAUGCUUUAAUCCCUCUAAAUGGUGAGGGAACAUCAACUGAUGACUAUGACACUUCAUUUCAAUUUGAGGUGUCAAAGGGCAAGUUCGAAUUGGUCAAGGGGAAAAUUUUGGCCAAAGGUUUCAAAAAGGACCUGGUGGCUCGGAAAGUAUCCUCUGCCGGGAUUCUUCUUCCCAAUACAGCGGAAUCGUAUAUCAAAGAUAGAAAGAAGGAAUUGAGGCAGAGGAAGUUAGCGGAAAGCUAUGCCAAUAAAUUGAACCUACAAAGCAGAGCUGAGGAUAUAUUGGACGAUGUCUCUGAAGACUUGCAGGACUUUAUGAGAAAACACAACGCCCCAGUCCACAGGCCAUCACUUCCUAAAAAGAGGACACCAGAGCAAUUGGAAGCUCUGAGGCAGAAAGUGGCCGAGUUACCCUGCUUUGCACCAGGAACACACAAGACAGAGCUAUGGACUGGCAUGGGAGUCUAUGUCCCAACAGGACCACUCUCCCUAGUUAGACUCCGUUACAAGAGUAAACCGAAACGGCUUGUGAGUGCCCUCUUACACCUGGCACUUCCUGACUAUAUUCUCCUCGAGGAUGGUUUCAGUGUGCAAGGUAAACGAGGCUGCGCUGGACUCUCAAGCAGAGUGCUGGAGGCAAUAAACCUUUACACCGGUGCCAUCUUAAGGAAAACUGGUGGGGACAUCCAGAGUACUGAUUUGGACCCCCUCCAGCAACUCAAGAACCUCAUAACAAAUACUAGGAAGAAAUAUGGGGUUUUCAUUAAUGACGCAGAUACAUCCAAUGACAGCACCACACAAGAGACAUCUAAUCACACACCGCACACUACACCACCCCACACUACACCACCCCACACUACACCACCCCACACACCACCACCCCACACUCCACCACCCCACACACCACCACCCCACACACCACCACCCCACACUCCACCACCCCACACACCACCACCCCACACACCACCACCCCACACUCCACCACCCCACACACCACCACCUCACACACCACCACCCCACACUCCACCCCACACGCCACCACCCUACAACCCAUCUUUCCCCCUGCCAUCCGACCACGAGUAUCAUAAAUUUCCUGAAGCUACGUUUGUUGGUGAAUUCGUAGAAUUGACACCUGACUUCAUACUUGAGGAAAAAGUGAUCACUCUUGCGAGGAUGUGA